CUUUGAACAGUGUGCUGGCGCUGAUCUUCUGCCGCUACUACAUCGAUAAUCAACUAUACAUAAUACCAAUUUGCCAUACAAAAAAGAAAUAGCUAGCACUAUGGGAAUGUAUUAUUUUUGAAAAUAUCAAGAACAACCACAUAUUACAGGGACCACAUUCUUUAUUAAGACAUUUGCGUGGUCUAAUCAAGGAGUUGCGAUGCUCCACGCAAAGGAUAUCCUUUUAGCCUUCCUUCUUGUGGGCUCUACAGUUUGUCUGGAAGUGGAGAUCACCCCCACCCAGGGAGAGAUCAGUGUUGGAGAGUCCAAGUUCUUUCUGUGUGAAGUUGUUGGAGUAGCAAAGGAGAUUGACUGGUAUUCGCCGAGCGGGGAGAGGAUAGAGCCCAACAAACCAGAGAUCACCGUAACCCGAAACGACGAGUCCUCGUCCACCCUCACGCUCUACAAGGCCGGGGUGGACAGCGCUGGGACCUACAAGUGUCUGGCCACCAACGGAGACCAGUCAGCAGAAGCCACCGUCAACGUCAAGUUCUUCCAAAGGAUCACCUUCAAGAACGCCCCCUCCCCCCAAGAGUUCAAUGAAGGGGACAACGCCAACAUCGUGUGUGAUGUCAUCAGCUCCCCUCCGCCCACCAUCAUCUGGAAACACAAAGGAGCUAAGAUUCAGAUGGAGAAGGAUGUCCGCUUUAAGAUCCUGCCCAACAACCACCUGCAGAUCCGAGGCAUCAAGAAGACGGACGAGGGGUCUUACACAUGUGAGGGCCGCCUCAUGGCCCGGGGAGAGAUCGACCUCAAGAUCAUCAGGGUCAUCGUCAACGUGCUCCCUACCAUCCGGGUGUGGCAGUCUGAGGUGAAUGCCACAGCAGGCGUGGGGCAGUCUGCCAUGUUGACCUGUGCGGCUGAUGGAUACCCAGAGCCCAUGGUGACCUGGGCAAGGGCCGGUGUUCUGCUGGAGUCAGGAGAGAAGUACAGCUUUAAUGAGGACGGUUCAGAGAUGACCAUCAUGGAGGUGGCCAAGCUGGAUGAGGGAGAGUACACCUGCAUCGCUAAGAACAAGGCUGGGGAGAGCGAACAGGAACUCAGCCUCAGAGUGUUUGUGAAACCUAAGAUCACCUUCCUGCUGAACCAGAGCACGUCUGAGAUGGAGGAGCAGGUGACUCUGACCUGUGAGGCGUCAGGGGACCCCACCCCCACCAUCAACUGGAGCUUCGGCCUGCGCACCUUCACUGAGGGAGAGCAGGCACAUCUAAACAGGAUCUAUCAGGCCUCUUGGACUCGGCCCGAGCAACACAAGAGUCUGGAUGGGAACGUCGUAGUGAGAAGUGAUGCUCGUGUGUCCUCCCUCACGCUGAAGUACGCCAAGUUCACUGACGCUGGCCAGUACCUCUGCUCUGCACGCAACGCCAUCGGAGUGGAUUCUCAACCCGCCUACCUGGAAGUCCGCUAUGCCCCUAAGAUCCAGGGCUCAGUGACAGUGUAUACCUGGGAGGGAAAUGCAGCUAACAUCAGCUGUGAGGUCCUUGCCCACCCCAGUGACGUGUCCAUACUGUGGCUGAGGGACGGGUUUCAGCUUCCCAACGCUAACGUCACCAAAGCCAAGGUUUUCCAGAGCCCCACAGCCAGCUACCUGGAGGUCACCCCAGAGUCUGAGAAUGACUUUGGGAGCUACAACUGUACUGCUUCCAAUGAGAUGGGCACAGAAUCCAAGGAGUUCCUCCUCAUUCAGGCUGAUGUCCCGUCAGCCCCGUCCCUCGGGGAGGUGGAACCGUUCUCCAGCUCAGCCAGGGUGGAGUUCCAGGAGCCUGACGCCACCGGGGGUGUACCCGUCCUCAGGUACCGGGCCGAGUGGAAGACUGUGGGCAGGGGCAGCUGGGUGCAGAGGGUCUAUGAGGUCCAUGGAGGAGCUCUGAGUGAGGUAACCAUCACAGGCCUGAAGCCUGAGACCAACUAUGAGGUGAAGAUGUCAGCCAUCAACGGCAAGGGAGAGGGUGAAACUAGCCCCGCUCUCGUCUUCAAGACAGAGCCUGUCCGUUAUUCUUACGCAAAUGGCAUUUUUCAUUUUUUCACUGAGGACUCAGAAGGGGAACCUGAACCGCCUAAGCUGGAGGGAACACUCCAAACUAAAGGCAACUCCCUCAAAGUCAACUGGAUCAAGCAGGACGAUGGAGGCUCACCCAUCACACACUACCUAGUCCGCUAUAAACCAAAGCGUCAGGCCGACUGGAAGCCAGAGAUCCGGCUGCCCAGUGGCAGUGAGUAUGUGGUUCUGAGCGGACUGGAGUGGAACAUGGAGUACGAUGUGUUUGUGGUGGCAGAGAACCAGCAGGGGAAGUCCCAACCUGGAACCCUGACCUUCAGAACCUCUCCAGAACCUGCUGCCAUCCCAGAUAUAGACGGUGAGUCUGCCCUCUCCACGGGCCUCAUGGCAGGGAUCCUCAUCUUGGCCUUCGUCCUGCUGCUCCUGGCUGUGGAUGUCACCUGCUACUUCACCAACAAGUGUGGCCUCAUCAUGUGUCUGUGUGGCAAGCCAGGCAGCGGGGCCAAGGGACACAACCUAGAACAGGGCAAGGCUGCAUUCCUAAAGGACGAGUCCAAAGAGCCGAUAGUGGAGGUGAGGACAGAGGUUGAGUGCACAGCCAAUCACAACGCAGGAGGACCCACAGAACCCAAUGAGACCACACCCCUUACAGAGCCAGAGAAGAUAUUUGGAGAGGAGAAAAGUAAAGUGGAGGAGUCGGAGGUGAAGACAGCCCUGUCAGAGGUGACCACAGAACACAACGAUGUCACACAGACAAACGCCAGCGACAGCAAAGCAUGAUUGGGCAGCCUUAGCCCAUCUAAAAUGGCGGCGGCAGCAACACUCAUUACAGUCUGCAGGAGUUUUUAUUUCCAGUGCCCUUACUGCAUUUCCAGAACAACAACAACAUGAGUUUGUGCAAUAGCACAAUCUGAUUGUGCAAAAAAUGUUACUCUCACAUUUGAUUUGUUUCUCUACACCCAUGGAACACUAAAGAACACCAUUCAAGUGAUCUCAAGUGGUAUAGGAGACAAAAUUCUAGUUUUUACAAGUUUAGAAUUGUUUUCAGUGCGGUUGCAGAUAAACAAUGGAUUAUUCAGGAACAUUACACUGAGUGUACAAAACAUUAGGAACACCUUCCUAAUAUUGAGUUGCACACCCUUUUGCCCUCAGAAC